UUCCGAGCAAGACUGUCGUCGUCGUAGUUGUCGUCGCGCGCGCGUGCGUACUAUUUUUACACGCCAAGUGCCAGAGCGGUGCACGCUUGGCGUGCCUGCUGUGCAGCUCUACGCUGAGUUUCAGUUUUGCGCUCGGCGCUGUUUCGUAUCGAGUGCGCGCGCGCCAGCUGAAUUCUUUUUGCUUUUUUUUUUCUUUCCUGCCUCGUCGGUGCGCGCUUGCGAUAAAAUUUGCUCGUGCGGAAGGCUACAUAUUCAAAGUUUUCCGCGAACGCUCUCCAGUGAGCUUCGUACUUUUAGACAGCGGCAACUCUCGGCCACGUGCUGUAUUUACGUUCGAUUGUUGUUUGGCACGUUCAUUUUGAACUUACGAAACACUUCCAUCCAUCGGUUUUUUUUUGUUUUUUUAUACGUUUACGAAAAGUUUAUUUAUUGUUAUCGAAGUCGUUAGUUAUAUUGUCGUUAAGCGGCAGUUAAUAAAAAAAAAGGCAAACAGUAAGUUUUGUGAUAAAGAAAGUUAGUGGUUAUCCACGGACAACGGCACUGUUAUCGCAAAGCAACGACCUUGCUUCAGUCGAGUUUAAUAGUCGUCGAAUGAUAAAUCAAUACUUGCAGAUCGUCGCAGCACUUUUCGCGAUAUCGUCAGGCCGAAUGCUUAAAGUCAUCGAAACACUCGAAGCCGUGGCACUAAGCGUUUUCUAGUGGGACUUGACUUGUACCGUGUAAAGUGGUCGUCGAGUUGAUUGCAAGCAAAAUGAACAAUAAAACGCGACCUGCCUGGUGUCGUCCCGAUGGCCCGUUAAACGUUUGGAAAAUAGUGGAGGGCACGGAAAAGCUUGCCGACGGCUCAACGAGGCCAAUUAGAUUUUCAAUUCAAGAAGUGCCAGAAGACAGGCGCGAAGAGACGAUGCAACACAUGAUCAAGUAUUUCUUGGCUGACGAGCCAAUUUGCAAAUCUUUAAAGAUGAAAGGCGACCCGGAAAUGAUACGUGGCUUCCGCGUCUACUGGAAUUAUUGCUUGGAUCAGGGAAUCGUUGAGGCAGCUUAUGUCAUUGAUAAAGACAAUGAAAUACUUGAGCUAGCUGCGGUCAACAUGCUAAAUGUCGUGUGCGACGAAACGGACAAAGAAAUGGGCGAUUUAUUGAGGCUUCUUGAAUCACCGAAACUCAUUAAACUUUUCGACAUCAUACUGGAAAUAUCGCAUAAAGCCGAUGCUCGUAAGAUAUUAAACGUCGACAAAUACAUUGCUGCCCUGGGGCUAAGUGUCGCGCCUCAUAUUAGAGGCCAAAAAUUGGGACAACGGAUGCUCGAAGCGAGCGACGUCCACAGUAUUCACAGCGACUGCCUCCCAGAUUUUAGCAGCACGAGCUGGAUUCAAAGAAGAAUUAAGCCAAGACUAUUCUGAUUUUCUUGACGACGAUGGCGAACCUUUCUUUCCUAAUAUCGAAACGAAGUGUAUGAAAAUUAUGAUGAAAAAAAUCGAAUGACAAGGCAUUCGAUUGUUUGAGAAUUAUGUGCACCAACGUUUCCCUUUUUUUCUCUGAGUAUGUGAUUUUUAGCAUAGAUUAUCUUAUCGUGAUAUAUAUUUUUACAAACCUAAUCUUUUAGUCUUCUCAGUAUUUUUAAUAUGUUUCUCUGAAUGUUUCAAUAAAACUCUUUA